CAAGGCUGAUAAGGAAACCUCUUCUGUGUAUACUCACUCUCAUUUUUCGGACCUGGAAUUGAACCCACUUCCUCACCUCAUACAUACUACUCGAGUCGACAUAGGUUCUGGAAACCACACCGACCAGCUACCCAGCCGACCAACCGACUCAUCCGUAUGUGCUGUACUGUACUGUAGAAUCGACCUAUCUGCAUGACGGUACCCUGACCCAUGCAUACACAUACGCAUACCUCCAUCUUCAUGCACUGUGCAAUAGCCUACCAAUCCCAUAGUCACAAAACACUUGCAGUACAUCAGUUAACAAUAACAAAGACAAUAGCUCGUGACUACUUUACUGCUGCUCCCGGGGAGGGGGGAAGAGGCAUCCUACCACUAAGGAGAACCAUUACCUUUCGAUGCUGGUGCUGUCCUCGGAUGGAAAAGCACUAUCCAGAACCAACUGCAGCAUCUCAAACCAGAAAGAACCACGUCGGGUUCUGUUCCGAGGAUCGUCCACACUUGGUUUUGUCCCCUCCCCCUUACAUUUUCGGAGAUCUGGGGGAGGGGAGGGGAUCUGGUGCUGAUGCUGCUGGUGCUGGCGGUGUUGGUGUUGGUGGUUUGUGCUGGUGGGGUUUGUGUUACAAUACUCCGUUGGACUUGAUUGUCCUUGGACAAUUGGGACAAUGGGUGAAAGUCUAAAGUAUACCUACUAUCUUACAAGUUACCAUACUUCACAAGCGAAGAGCUAUUGAACUCUCGCGCCCGGGCGUCGGUCUUGCAGGUCAAAGAUUUCCUGGAUCUGCAGAAUCAGAGAGAUGGAUGUUUCCAUUCGAUGGACGGACAGACAAGAUUCUUGAUCGACUUGAGCAAAAGCACUGGGGCCUUAUGAAA